GUCUAUUACCUUAUAUACUCACUUUCCACUUAUUAAAAUGUUCAUUGUCAAUGUUUAGUGCCCAUAUUUAAUGCCCACAAAACAUAAAUUCAAGAACCCCUAAUUUUUUUUUAAAAAAAUACACAACGUAGAAUGAGGCGGACAAGAUUGGUCAGUGCUUCACAAGAUCAUAAUCAUAUUGUUAAUAUUUGAAGAAUAGGGAAGAUACUCGACCUCCAAAACCCAAUAUCCCGGUACUAUAGUUGAGCCGUCAUCUUUGUUGGUCAAACCCAGAAAGUCCACAAUUCAAUGCGCAAGCGACGAGUUGACCUCGGAAUUCAAUCUCAAACUAAAUUGGUUCUCCAAUCUCCAAGGGCGGCGAAGGCGCAGCAUGUCCAGUCGUCCUCUUCAUCACUCCCUCACGGUGGUCGUGGUUUGCUUCACUAGUCCUCGCAUUAGCCCCAUCUCUUGGCCGUCAAUGGCAUCCUGUUUGUAGUUCAGGACCAUGAGGCUGUCGAUCUACAUGAAUAAUGGUCAUUCGCUAAAGGGUGGACGCUGUCGGUGGCUAGAUGACGGGCGGCAGUGGCUAGACGGUAGGCGACGGUUGGACGGUAAGGCGGCUACGCGGGUGGGUGUUGAGAUAUUGUGGCUAGGGUUGAAGGAAAUGUGUAGGAGUAAUAGCAGAUAUAUUUUUAAAUAUUCAAUUAGUAACUGUUUGUCCUAGUCAUAAGGCAUUUCUUAGUUGGUUAUAGGAGUGCUGAUAGUGCCUUAUAUUGUGGAGUUUGUUACUGCAGCUCUUCACUUCUCAUUGUAUAUAUAUACACUUGUAAUCUAUUGAUGUAUACAUAAGAAUACAGCUUCGUCUCUUUACUUCUAUGUGGUUUUAGAGCAAGUUUCAUUUUUUCUCUAGCCGAUCUUCUUACUAACCUCUAAUGGCUCUUCAAAAUCAACAGCUACUUACAGCCGCCAAUUUCGCGUCCCCCAAUCUCAACUUCCAAAUUCCCUCCAUUAGUAUUAAACUAGAUCGAGACAAUUACUCUCUCUGGCGUACAACUAUUAUCUCUGCACUUGAAACCGUCGAUCUUGAAUCAUUCAUUCAGAACCCUAGCCCUCCACCGGAGUUUCUUGCUCCCGAUGAUGAUGCUAGUGCUGCCACCUCUAACCCUGACUUUAUUGCCUGGAAAAAGCGUGAUCGCUUUGUUCUUCUGUGGCUCAAAUCCACUCUAUCUAAGUGUGCUCUGCCCCUUGGUUGCUCGUUCCACCUCCUCUCAGGCUACCUGGCUUACAAUUGAGCGUACCUUUCAAGCGCAAACCCGUGCUCGUUGCCUGGCGAUGAAAAAUCAGCUGCAGACUCUCUCUAAGGGAUCUUUAUCCAUGAUGGACUAUCUUGAACGCAAGCGUCAAAUUGCCGACUCUCUAGCCGAGAAUCUCCACCCUAUCUCGGAUGAGGAUCUCAUUGGAUACAUCCUCGGUGGUCUUGACUCCUCCUAUGCAUCAUUUACUUCUGCCUUCAUGAUCCAUUGUGAUGGCGCCACUGUCGAUACUCUUGCUGGACUGUUACUACAGGGGGAAGCUCGUCUUGAUCAUGAACUUGCUCGCCAGGCUGCCACGCAGCUCCCUAUGGUCCCUGGUCCUGCUCCUGCCCACUUCCCUCCUCCUAUGGCACAUAAGGUCUCUCGUAACAACACCCAACCAUCCUUCAACUCUCCAGGUACUUCCACUUCCUCCUCUCGUGGCACUGAUCAACGACGUUGUUGCCUCCAUUGCCAACUCUGCAAUAAUCCUGGUCAUGAAGCCAUCAACUGUUGGCAAUGUACAAAUCAAACUGAUUAUCCUUCUCGUCGUCCCAAUCCCCGUGAACCACCUCGGCAGGCGAACGUUGCAAAUUUCACUGGUCUCUCUAGAAUCAUUGACCCAUCUUGGUAUUUUGACAUAGAGCCACUGAUCAUGUUUCCCCUGACAUCAACAAAUUGAGCAUCUCAGAACCUUACACCGGUGGGGACAAACUGCAAGUCGGAAACGGGCACAACAAUCCUCUAAGGGCACGUUGAAAAUGGCCUCUACCGUCUGUCUCCUCCAUUCAAUAACACCUCCUCUACCAUGGCCUUCUCUGGUGUCCGCACGUCGUUAAAUGGCUGGCAUUAACGGCUUGCCCACCCUCAUGAGUCCAUUCUUCGUCGUUUGGUGUCUACAUUUCAGCCUUCUGUCUCAGCCAAUAAAUUAUCAUCUGUAUGUGAGCCAUGUCAGUUUGGCAAGAGCCACAGAUAUCAUCUUUCUCAUACUCAUGUUUCUUGUAGUAAACCAUUUGAAUUAAUGUAUUCGGAUGUUUGGGGUUCGUCUCCCUUAUGUUCCAUUAAUGGCAAUUGUUAUUUUUUUUAUUUAUUGAUGAUUUUACUAAAUUCGUCUGGAUCUAUUUUUUAUCCCACAAAUCAAAGUUCUAUUCACUUUCGUCAAAUUUCGCACCAUGAUCCAAACACAAUUCAAUUGUGAAAUUAAAACUCUCCAAACUGAUUGGGGCGGAGAAUUUCGAAACGUCUCCACAUAUCUUGAACAGUGUGGCAUCCACCAUCGCAUUUCCUGCCCUUACACCCCUGAACAAAAUGGAGUUGUCGAAAGACGCAAUCGGAUCAUUGUGGAAAAAGGUUUAUCUCUACUAGCUCAGUCCUCUCUUCCACACCAAUACUGGGAACAUGCUUUCAAAACAGCCACAUAUAUUCAUAAUCGCACCAUUACACCAACCCUGCACUAACACUCUCCAUAUUCCACCCUAUAUAACAAAGCUCUGGAUUAUACCUUUUUACGCACUUUCGGUUGCUUGUGUUAUCCCUUCUUACGCCCAAACACUAAUCACAAAAUGGAUUUUCUAUCUUUGCUGUUAGGAUCUUAUCCGUCUCCGGCUCAGGUCUAUUUCACUAUAAUCACAUACACCACACUAGGAGGAGGCUAUAGCAUCCACUCUCAACUCUCCACUAAGACCUUUCUACUCUCACACAAAGGAAGAAGAAGGGAGCUCUGCUCUCAGGAAUUUUUCUACGCAGGCUACUUCCACAGGAAGAGGCCAAGGCCUCUAAAUAAUAGCAACGGCCAGAAGGAAGUCAUGGGUGAGAGCCAAGACAAAAAAGGCUCACAGGCUGCCAGGCAAUGAGUGCAGCGGACAGGAGGCAGAGAAGGGGCCAGCCAAGAGAUUAAGUCAACCACUCAAAAUAGGUAUAUAUUUGAUCAGGAUAUAUACCAAAGAAAAGGUACCAAAGUGGGAGUAAAACAAUAGGGUGCAAGCCUCAGCAAAUAAAGUGGAAGGGAGGCCUUGGUAGGACCAAUACCUCCAACAUUCUCCACCUUAUUGGUCCUAGGUGGUGUAGAGAAACAGUAUAAGGUUGUGACAAGACUCAUCAUCGCCGGGUCACCCGAAAUAUCAACAGAUAAAACGGGCAAACACUUUAUUACGCAACCCACAGUUAUCCACAAUCAAAGUUUAACAUGCGUUUACAGGACAAGUGCUUCUCAGCAGAAAGACACUUGGUACCCAUAUCCGCAGGGUUAAACUCUGACGGGAUCUUGCACAGCUUGACUCCACCUGCAUCAACAAUAUCACGUAUGAAAUGGAACCUAACAUCAAUAUGCUUAGUUCUAUCAUGAAAUACAAGAUUUUUGCAAAGUUGGAUAGCCGAUUGGCUAUCCGAGAAAAUGGUAACUCCCUUUUUGAGAAACCCAAUUUCGGAGACAAGGCGUUUGAGCCAGAUGGCUUCCUUAAACGCUUCUGUGGCCGCAACAUACUCGGACUCAGUGGUAGAAAGGGCCACAAUAGGCUGUAGUUGAGACUUCCAACUAAUGCAAGAGCCACACAAAGUAAAAACAUAAGAAGUGGUCGACUUCCUGUUAUCUCUAUCAUUUGCAUAGUUAGAAUCAACAUAACCAAUCAAUUCAAUACCAUUAGCACAUUUAGAGAAAAUUAAUCCAUGCUUCACAGUAGAAAUCAGAUAUCUAAGCAACCACUUAAGAGCAUUCCAAUGGGGCAAACCAGGGUUGGACAUAUAUCUACUCAAGCAACUGACCGCAUAUGCAAUAUCAGGUCUAGUGCUAACCAUGAGAUACAUCACCGACCCUAUUGCACUGGAAUAAGGCACAGAUUUCAUUUUCUCAAUUUCAGGAGUAGUCUUGGGAGACUGGUCCUUACUUAACACAAAGUGAGAUGCCAUGGGGACAUUAACAGGAGAAGCAGAUAACAUAUUGAAUUUACUCAAAACUUUUUCUAUGUAAGAAAUCUGAUUCAAAGUAAGAGUGCGCUUACUCCUAUCCCUAACAAUGUUUAUGCCUAGGAUCCUCUUGGCAUCACCUAGGUCUUUCAUGGCAAAAUUCGCACAAAGGCAUUUUUGCACAUCUUUAAUAACAUUCAGAGAAGGACUAAUUAUCAGCAUGUCAUCCACAUAGAGUAACAAAAAUACAGGCACAGAAGAAGUAUUUUUGAAAUACAGACAAUGAUCACAAACAGAUUUUUGGAACUUCAAAGAUAUCAUGCAUUUAUCAAAUUUGAUGUUCCACUGCCUAGGGGAUUGCUUCAGGCCAUACAAUGCCUUCCUAAGCAAACAGACAUGCUCACUUUUCUUGGGAUCCACAAAGCCCUCAGGCUGGGUCAUAUAAAUUGUUUUGUCCAAUUCACCAUGCAAAAAAAGCAGUAGUUACAUCCAUUUGUUUCAUUUCCCAGUCAUGGUGAGCAACUAAAGCAAGCAUCAUACGAAUAGUGGUGAAUUUAACAACAGGAGCAAAGAUUUCUACAUAAUCUACCCCCUCUUUUUGAGUAAACCCCUUCGGAACCAACCUAGCCUUAAACCUAACAUCACUAGGUUCUUCCUUAACCUUAAACAACCACUUACACUCAACUACCGAACAGUUGGGGGGUCUAGGUACAAGGGUCCAAGUCUGGUUCACUCUCAAAGAGUCCAUCUCACUUUUCAUGGCUCUAAUCCAUUUCUGAGACUCUUUGGAACCUAAGGCUUCACGGUAGGUCUUGGGUUCAUUCAGCUCUAGGGAUUCAAACACAGAAAAAGCAAACAUAGAAGUAUCAUGCACAAUGAAAGCAUAAUCAGGCAUACUAUCAGCAGUUCUCCUAAUAGCCCUUCUACCCCUAUCUCUAGCAAGUUGAUAAUCAUACAAAUUAUCACUACUAGGCUCCACAUGUAACUCAUGCAAAUUAUUGUUGUCAUGAAAGUCAGAUUCAGCACCAAUAUCAUGCAAAUCAUGCUCAGUAUCAUGCAAAUGCUCCACCUCACUCGAGGUGGUGGGACUAUCAUGCUCAGAGGAAUCAGAAUCAUGCAUAACAAUAUCAUCAGUAAUAACAGGAUCAACAGAUAAAGGACUAGCAGCAACAGGGACAAACUCCACCUCACUAGGAGUACUAUCUGACCUAGACUCAGGAGUAGAAACAUACUCGGUCAAGCAAGGAAAAUCAGUUUCAUUAAACACCACAUUUCUGCUAAUGACCACCUUAAAGCCUACCUGGUUCCUAUCCCAUAACCUGUAACCCUUUACCCCCUCUGGAUAACCUAGGAAGACACAUUUCUUAGACCUAGGAUCCAACUUGUCACCAUGUUGAUGUGCAUAUGCUGCACAACCAAACACCCGAAGGUUAGACAGAUCAAGAGGCUUACCGGUAAAGACGGUUUCAGGACAUUUACCACCAAGUGGGACAGACGGGGACCUAUUCACCAAAUAGGCAGCAGUAGUAACUGCUUCACCCCAGAAUUUCUUAGACAAACCAGAGGUAGCUAACAUGCUUCUAACCUUAUCCAACAGAGACCUAUUCAUUCUCUCUGCUAUCCCAUUCUGUUGGGGAGUAUAAGGCACAAUUUUGUGCCUUUUUAUCCCACAAUCCACACACAGCUUAUCCAUCUCCUUAUUACAGAACUCUAACCCGUUAUCGGUCCUAAGGGUUUUAACCUUCCUGCCAGUUUGGUUUUCAACUAGGGUUUUCCACUCCCUAAACUUCACGAACACAUCAGACUUGUGUUCUAAAAGGCUAACCCACACCUUCCUAGAGAAAUCAUCAAUAAUAGAAAGGAAAUAUUUCCUACCCCCGUGGGUAGGAACACUGGCAGGACCCCAAACAUCGGCAUGAACAUAUUCAAGCACAGACGAACACUUAGACAGAUUAGGGUAAGAGGAAGGAGGGAAGCUGACUCUAUGCUGCUUGCCUAACACACAUGAUUCACAGAAAGGCACAGAAGUCACAGAGUCCUUACCAAAAUAACCAGCCCUACGCAUGACAUCUAAACCCUUAUUGCUCAUAUGUCCUAGCCUAUUAUGCCACAAAGAGGUCUUAUCAGAACAUACAACAUUCACAGACUCAGUAAAAGGUUUAGCAUGACACACAUAAAGGUUAUUCACCUUCUCAGCUUUAAACAACACAAGAGAAUUUUUCAAGAUUUUCAUGCAACCAUUCCCCCAUUUUCCCUGUAAACCACUACUCUCCAAAGCAGCAACAGAUAACAAGUUAUGACACAAAUCAGGGACAUGCCUCACAUUCUUAAUGGUAAACACAGAGCCACAAGAAAACUUCAGACAUAUAUCACCCACACCAAGCACAUUGCAUCUCUUAUUAUCAGCUAAGGAAACAUAGCCACUAUCACAUAAUUCAUAUGUAGAAAACAAAUCUCUAAAGGGGGACAUGUGAUAGGUACAACCAGAGUCAAUCAACCAUUCAUGCUCAGACAGGGAAUUACGCACAGAAUUAACAUGGUCACAAACCAUCAAAAUAUCACCAAGGUCACAUUUAUCAACAGCUACACUAGCAUGCUCGGUCUUCUUAGGUUUAGGGCAAUCCUUAAUGAAAUGGUCAGCGUUACCACAAUUGUAACACACUCUCUUCCUAGAUUUGCUCCUCUUUCUCCCAGGCUGACUAGUGUUCUUAUUUUGACUAUUUUGCUUAGAGUUCUUAGACCUACCCUUAGAUCUACCUCUAACAAACAUAGCCUCACCGGAGUCCCUAGACUGACUAGCACUACCCCUAGCAUGCUUCAGGUCUAAUUCCUUACUCCUUAACCCAUUAACAACAAUAUCUAACGAAAUCUCAUCCCUACCAUACUUAAUAGCGGACUUAACAUCAUUAUAAGAGUCGGGAAUGGCAUUAAGUAAUACUAUGGGAGUAUAAUCGUCUAUGUGUUUAUCACCUGCCUGUUUGAUAUUCUGUAUCAGUUUAUUAAACACAUCCAGGUUCUCAUCUAUAUCCUUAGUCAGGUCAAGCCUAAACCUAAAGAAUUUUUCAAGUAAAAACAACUUCCCGGGCAAAGAGGUAUCAGUAUAGAGACUAUCCAAUUUCUCCCACAAUUCCUUAGCGGACUCAAGAAUACCCACUUUCCUAAGCACAGAAUCAGACAGAUUCAAGUAAAUAGUAGAACAAGCAGUUUCGUUCAUUUCAAUUUGCUUAGCCUUAUCUUCUGAUUCAAGGAAAAUACCAGUGACAGCUCUAAAAACCUUUUGUUGUAUUAACACACACUUAAUUUUCUGUUUCCAAAUAUCAAAAUCUGUUUUUCCAUUAAAUGGAAGCAUACCAUACUGAUUAGCAGCCAUGGUAUCAACCACAAAACAACACAAAGCUAAACAGACAAAUUUGACAGAAACUAAUCCAACCCGGGCUAUAAAGUAUAUACUUUAAUAACCCCGGGCAGCAUGCAACAAAUAGCAAAUAUGGACAGUUUGGCAUAUAAAACAACUCCGGGCAGCAGUUAACAUUAAUUAAUUCUACCCCUAAUACUCAAUAAACCACCCCUACGCAUAACAAAAGAAUUAAGUAACACUUAGCAAUUCAAUUUAAACAACUAAACAAUCUGCCACAAAGGAGAGGGUUUAGCAAACGCACCUGGGGGGUUGGCGGCCGGGAUACAAUCUACCGGCGGCCCGCGGGGAGGGGGAAUAAAAUUAAAUCCGGAGGCACCCGGUGGACCUAGGGUGUUUAUAGCCAAUUUACCUUAGCGAAACCCUAGGAGAGGGUUUCGACCUUACCUACCCAAUUUUAAAAAAAAAAUUGGGAUUUUUCUGACUGUUGACCGGCGUUGACCGGCGUUGACCGGCGUUGACCGGCGUUGACCGGCGUUGACCGGCGUUGACCGGCGUUGACCGGCGGUCCAGUUGCUCCAGCAACUCCAGCAGGUCAGUCCAGCGGCCCAACAGCACAGGUCCAGUAGCUUGGCAGCCCAAAUCCAGCAGGUCAGCAGCCCAGCUCCUUCAGCUCCAGAAGCAGUCCACCAGGCCCAAAUCUAGUAGCCCAAGGUCCAGCAAUUGAAGCCCAGUAGACUUCUUCGUCCCUGCUAUCUGCGUUCCGCGAGGAACGAACUCCAGACCUUCGCAGGUGGGGGCUUUUGGCUGACUUCCGCGGGACUCUCGGACGGCGGCGACCGGCUCAGAUGGUGACGAUUUCUACGCGGACGGAUGGCAGCGCUUCAACUCCCAGCGUCAAUGGAUGUGCGCAGGGCUUCAACAGCGUCUAUGGAUGUUCGCAGCAAUGGUGGCCUGCAGCGACGCUGGUAGGCGGUAGUUCCAGCGACGAACAAAUCGGCGAGCAACUCCCUACGUCGGCGAGCUCCAACCUGGCAUACGGCGGGCGGCGGCGGCGGGACGUCGGCGGUGAACGGCGGCAGACGGCGAACCUGGCUCUGAUACCACUGUUAGGAUCUUAUCCGUCUCCGGCUCAGGUCUAUUUCACUAUAAUCACAUACACCACACUAGGAGGAGGCUAUAGCAUCCACUCUCAACUCUCCACUAAGACCUUUCUACUCUCACACAAAGGAAGAAGAAGGGAGCUCUGCUCUCAGGAAUUUUUCUACGCAGGCUACUUCCACAGGAAGAGGCCAAGGCCUCUAAAUAAUAGCAACGGCCAGAAGGAAGUCAUGGGUGAGAGCCAAGACAAAAAAGGCUCACAGGCUGCCAGGCAAUGAGUGCAGCGGACAGGAGGCAGAGAAGGGGCCAGCCAAGAGAUUAAGUCAACCACUCAAAAUAGGUAUAUAUUUGAUCAGGAUAUAUACCAAAGAAAAGGUACCAAAGUGGGAGUAAAACAAUAGGGUGCAAGCCUCAGCAAAUAAAGUGGAAGGGAGGCCUUGGUAGGACCAAUACCUCCAACAUUUGCCAUGUGUGUUUCUUGGUUACAACCCUUCUCACAAGGGAUAUUUGUGUCUUCAUUGCCCCUCAUCUCGCAUCUAUGUGUCCCGACAUGUGGUUUUCAAUGAGGAUGUUUUUCCUUUUGCUACUGUUGCCCAAUUGCCCCUAAUGCCUUCACAUGUUACUCCUUCAAACCCCAGCCCCACUGGUGCUCUUGAUCUUGCCUCCUCUCUAUCCCCUCCACCUCCACGAGAUAAUUCCCCUCCACCUCCACCAGAUAAUUUCCCACCAUCUCCCACACCGUCCCCUAUUCCUUCCCUUCCAGCUUCUUCCCCAUCUCCGUGUCCUUCUUAUCAUUGCUCCACCAUUAGCUCUCAAGCCAAAAAGUCUGUCCCAUCUCACUAUCGUUCUGCUGCAAGUAACCACCACAACAUGCUCACCCGUGCUCGUACCAACUCUCUCAAGCCCAAAAUUUUUCUUACCUCCACUAAAGUACCACCCACCAGUGAACCCCAUACUUUCUCUCAGGCUAUACAGAACCCUUUUUGGUUCAAUGCAAUGAAAAAUGAAUUUGAUGCUUUAAUGAGAAAUAACACGUGGUCGCCAAAGGGUUUAGUCAGGAAGAAGGGAUUAAUUUCUUUGACACAUUCAGUCUCGUCAUCAAACCAACCACCAUUUGGUUAGUUCUCUCUAUUGCUUUAUCACAGGGUUGGCAAAUCAGGCAGCUGGACAUCAAUAAUGCUUUUCUCAAUGGAGAUUUGGCGGAGAAUGUUUAUAUGGAGCAACCAAAGGGCUUCGAAGAUCCUGUUCGACCACAUCACGUAUGCAAAUUGCAUAAGGCCCUCUAUGGGCUAAAACAGGCCCUUCGUGCAUGGUUUAACAAACUCAAAUAUCAUCUCAGUUUGCAUUGUUUUCGAGCCUGUCAAUCUGAUACAUCCUUGUUUGUCCAUUCUUCUAUUUCGGCCACUAUUUACAUCCUUGUGUAUGUUGACGAUCUCAUCAUUACAGACAAUAACCCUCAGCUUAUCCAGCAGUUCAUUAAUGGUCUGCAUCAUACUUUAGCUCUCAAGGAUCUCGGUCACCUUAAUUACUUUCUUGGUGUUCAAGUUACCAGGACAUCCACAUGCCUCACUCUUUCCCAGCAACACUAUAUUUAUGAUAUUCUUAGCCGCACCAACAUGCUUGCUACCAAAUGUGUUGCAACACCAGCUGAUCCUUCUAUCCAUCUUAACCUAUUGUGUUCCAUGGCAACAAUUUGAUUAGUUGGACAUCCAGAAAGCAACGUGUGGUGGCUCGGUCGAGUACUGAAGUUGAAUAUCGUGCACUUUCUUACACCGCUGCCGAGCUCUUAUGGAUACAACAACUACUUUGUGAUUUGCAUGUGCGACUUCCACAACCUCAUGUCUUGCUCUGUGAUAAUGUUGAGGCUACUUUCAUGUGCAAAAAUACAGUAAUCAGCUCACAGUCAAAACAUACUGCACUUGAUUUUCAUUUUGUCCGUGAACAAAUAGAAUCUGCUGCUCUGAAAAUCAGUCAUGUGUCCUCCGUUGAUCAGCUUGCAGACCUCUUUACAAAACCAUUGAGGAAUGAUCGGGUUGCUCAGCUUCGUCACAAGCUUCAAGUACGUCCUGUCCUUGAGCUUGCGUGGGGGGGGGGGGGGGGGGGGGGGGUAAUAGCAGCUAUAUUUUUAAAUAUUCAAUUAGUAACUGUUUGUUCUAGUCAUAAGGCAUUUCUUAGUUGGUUAUAGGAGUGUUGAUAGUGCCUUAUAUUGUGGAGUUUUGUUACUACAGCUCUUCACUUCUCAUUGUAUAUUUACACUUGUAAUCUAUUGAUGUAUACAUAAGAAUACAGCUUCUUCUCUUUACUUCUAUAAAGAGGUUAGGGUGUUAUAGAUAUAAGCUAAAUGGUAUAUUUGACCAUAAAAAUUAUUUAUUAAAUCCGAAUUUCAAUUAAAUUUUAUGAAUAUUAAUAUUAUUUUGGAAAAAAAACUAGUUGGGUCAUAUAUUGAAAAACUCAUUGAGUUUUAGUCAUACAUAGGGUAAUUAUUUCUAUUUACUACCUCCAUUUCACUAACAUUGGCAAAAGAGGAGGUGACAUGGUUAUUAAGAAAAAUAAGUUUAUGUGAUUGAUAUUAAAUUGAUAAUCUAAAAUAAUUUAGAGUCACACAAACCUUACCGAAUUUGAUAUGAGACAAUUUUAGUGAAUUUUCUGAAAAAGUAAAAUAAGACAAUCUUAGUGAGACAGAGACAAUAUAUGACAAUAUGUUUUACGUACAUUCAAUAUAACCAACUGCAAUAAAAUAAAAAGGGGCUAGCUGGAUUAAUAUACACUAAAUAAAAUUAGAAUGAAAUGAUAGAUUUAUUAGUUCGGGAAUUAAAACAAUAUGAUGGAUGGUAGUAAUUCAUGACCAUUUAAUUAUGUUUUUUAUAAAAAAAAACCUUAGUAGAAACUUGAAAGUUGCCAUGAGCAUUUAGAAUAUGAGAGUUGGUGUCUUGUUGAUUGUUUUCUCCACUCUCCAAAUAUGUUUUUCAUUAUAAUGGACUUUUGUGCACUGGUGCAGGUUCCAGCGGACCAGCCAGACAUAACACUAGAGAUGGUGGGAAACAACACAAAUUCACCUGGGGCUUCCAAGUGAACAGCGAAACUUGAAAAUGAAUGUAAUAUGGGCAUCUUGUAAUUAAAAUAAUACAAAAUCACGUUCUCAAACAUUAACUGCCCAGUAUACUCGUAUAAUUUCGAUUAAAUAGAAGUACUUCUAUAUAACUUGAAUUAGCGUAUCAAGGAUUUGGAAUCGGGGAUUAUCUCACUAGUGCAGAAAACUCUUUCUAUAUGGGUUAAAAUACACUUUUUAUCAAGGAUAUGAAGCUGAGAUAGUGCUUUCCCGGUUCAAAUCAUUCAAAGAGAUUACCAUCCACUAAUUUUCACAUUCCAUCUCGGACACGUUUAUUUCACAGGUUACUGAAUGGUCUUAUUAUGACUUGCGUUAUUAAGCGGCGCAUAAAAUAAGCAGUGUUAUAAACUCAUGUUUACUUCACAGGAUUUAAAAUUACGUUUAACAUUAAAAUGUCCAAAGUAACCUUAUACGUUUUUUUAAACCGGUAGGUAAAUCACCAAAAUCAGUGAGGUAGAUGCCAUGGAACAUCUACCGUAUUUUAUUAACCAACCAAAUCUGAAUGUACAUGGAGGGCAGAAGCCAAAACCACAACAAAAGAAGCUCAAAGUAUAGAGCAAAUCAAAAGGACAAAAAAAUAUAGGGUAAUUCUGAGGCAUCUAAAGCAAUAGACCCCUUCAAAUGCCUUGGAAAAUUUCUUCCAUCUUGCCACCACGCCGCCCGCAUGGUCUCGAAGCAGAAAACCGGCCGCAUUUUUUCCAUUCCCUCGAUGAACAGCCACAUUCAGUUUCAGUGAGCCUGCCACUGGUUUUCUCCAUCUUCCUAUUUGGGGCUUCCUCCGUCCAAACCAGCUAGGUAAAAUACCCAAUCUCUGUAAUCUUUCGCAUCCUCGAAGAUUAUGAUUUGCAUGAAACCACUCUAACAUAAACUUUCUGAUUUUUUGUAUCCAAAGCUCCGUUCUCUGCUCCGAAUUGUUUCUGACAGAUUCCCAAUAAGCUUUACAAAUGUGGCAGGCAAUAACCCCUGGUAAGACCAUCGAAUACACCGUAUCCAUAGACUUCCCUUUUUUACUAAUCCACCAUCUCAUAAGCUCUAACUGAAUGAUGCUUGCCUUUUGACUAGUUGUAAUGAAGGUGUGUGUGAAGAAAGCCCACACAGCUUGGGACCAUCUGCAUGUAAGGAGGAUAUGGUCCUGACUAACUCAUGCAGCUCUACAAAACGGACAAAUAGUAGGAAACACAAUUGAGAAGACUGUCAGUCGCUCAGGGAAAGGGAGGCAUCCAUUCCACAGCCUCCUGAGAAAGACUCGAAUCUUAGGUACCUGCUUAGGGUGCCAGAUUUGAGAAAUGAAAAUGCUUAUUCCUACUUGAGGCCAAAGAGCCUCAUAAGCUGAUUUUGAUGUAAAAUUAGCUUCUGUUGUAUGCUACCGAGUAAUAGAAUUAGGCCCCCUAGUGAUCAUUGCCUCUGCCUCCUCAUUGACGAGGCAUACUCGCUUGCAUGUAGGGGAAUCUGUAGGUUUAACUCAAGCAUUGUAUAAUAACUAUCCAUCAUUUUGAUACUGUAUAUAAUUAAAUUUUGACUCCCUCA